CGAACCCGUGAGCGUAUUUAAACGCGCUCAGAGCCCAGAGUGAGCGUCAAACGCGUUACACAGACGCGCGUGUGGAUCAUGAGUGCUGUGUGCUGACAGAUAUCACACACACACCGUCGGACAACAGCGCGCUUCUUCACUUUCACCUGAUCUGUGCGGAUAUUAAACAAGCAUUCACCUGGAUUUCAUCACCUGUGCGGUGCGUUUCGGAGGCAGAAUGCGGUGCGUUCUAACAGACACGGGAAACUAUUACAGUUAGUUCGGAUCCACAUCCCGAUGUCUUCAUCUGACCCGCUGCUGCUGCUGCUGGUUUUCUCUCUUACAGACGCGGCGCGCGGCAGCAUCACAGUCUCGCGCGUCGCGUUGCGCACAGUGAGCUGAGCUGCGCGUCAGAAGCUCUGGACACUUCAGCGCGCGCUUCGUUUGGAUCUAGUGGAUAACAUGUUGUGAAUGGACCUGGAAUCGUGACAUUUUGAGGAUAGCUCACGGAUUUUAUCUUUUGGAUCUUUCAAUGUUUCCCGGUUUGCUGAGAAUUUGGCUUUUCUGAAGCUCUGGUCUGUAUGGACCCCAUUUAAGCUUCCCUCAAAGGAACUGAGUCUAAAAUGAAGUUAUGGGACAUUCUAGCCACGUGUUUGUUGCUCCUGAGCUCCGUUUCUGCACGUCCCCUCUUCCACAAGCUGCAGCCAUCCAAAAGAGCUGUCGUCCGCAGUGAGAGCCCUGCUCUGGACCCCAUCAUUGACUCCCAACCUGAAACCACCAACCAAAAACACGCCUCCAUGGAGGAACAAUAUGCCGUAAACGGCCUUUACCCGGAGCAGUUCGAGAACGUAAUGGACUUCAUCGAAGCGACUAUCGGCCGACUGCGCAGGUCGCCCGACAUGGACUUCGACUCUCAACUGAAGCGGGACAGAGGGCGACAGAAAGGAGCAGCAAACACAGAGAAGGCGGGACGGGGGCGAGACAGGAAGAGGGGUCGUGGGCGAGGCGGCGGCCGAAAGGAAAGCCGAGACGACAGGGUCAAAGGUCAAGGGCGUGGCUGCCUCCUUAAAGAGAUCCACCUCAACGUGACAGACCUGGGCUUGGGUUACAGGACCAAAGAGGAGCUGAUUUUCCGCUACUGCAGCGGCCCGUGUUACGACGCCGAGACCAACUACGACAAGAUCCUGAACAACCUCACCCACAACAAGAAGCUGGACAAGGAAACGCCGUCUCGGACUUGCUGUCGGCCGAUCGCUUUCGACGACGACAUCUCGUUCUUGGACGACAGCUUGGAAUACCACACGCUAAAGAAGCAUUCCGCUAAAAAGUGUGCGUGCGUUUGACCGAGGAGCUCUCGACGGGACGGGCGCUUCAGACUGGGACUCUCACAGAGAGAUAUUCAGUAUUCACUUUGUUACCAAACCACAAGAUUAACGGCUUGAGCUAUUGAGCGUUCAUACAGCAACAAACAUUGUUUGGUGGAAUAAGGAGCGCGUCUUCAGUGGAUUAUCACGUUUACACUGUCAGUGAGAGACGCCACAACAAAAGACUCCAAACAUUUAAUAUCCAGAAAGCUAUCUAUAUAUAUAUAUAGUAUAUAUGAAAAUGUAUUUAUUGAGAUUUAAUUAAGUUAUUGUUAUUUAUUGCGAUCCAUUGUAUUAGAGUGUCUGUUUCUCUUAUUUAUUUAAGGAGGGUUUUUUUUGUUCUCUAUCUUGGAUGGUGCCAAAUUUGAGCAUGUGUGUUUAAAGGAAUCGUUCACAGUUUGACAUUUAUUCAACCUCAUGUCGUUCCAAACCUGCUUAAACUUCUUUCAUCUGUGCAACACAAAAC